UGUAUAUUACUUCUUCCGACACACAAGCUCAGUUAAUGCAUGCAUUCAUACAGCCAAGAAGCUGACAGCACCACAAUUAAACUUGGUUGAAAAUUACUGCCCAAAGAGUGAAAAAAAUGGACUAUUUUGUGGGUGUGGAUGUGGGAACAGGCAGUGUUAGAGCAGCUUUAGUAGAUUCAAAAGGAAAAGUCAUAGAAACAGCUGUUCAUCCGAUCAAAACUUUCAAUCCACACACUAACUUUUACGAGCAGUCUUCCAAUGAUAUUUGGUCAGCUGUUUGUCAUGUAGUUAGGAAAGUUAUAGCAGAUACACCCAAAAAAUGUAUUAAGGGGAUUGGAUUUGAUGCUACUUGUUCCUUGGUUGCAAUUGAUAAAAAUGGUCUACCUGUUACUGUCAGUCUUACAGGGGAUGAUAUGCAGAAUAUCAUUUUAUGGAUGGAUCAUAGAGCUGAAGAGCAAGCUAAUUAUAUAAAUAAACUUGGCCAUACAAUGUUGAAAUAUGUUGGGGGAAAAGUGUCGCUUGAAAUGGAAAUUCCUAAAUUGUUGUGGCUUAAACAGAAUUUACCAGAUUCUUGGAAAAGAGUUGAAUUCUUUUUUGAUCUUCCUGAUUUUCUGACAUGGAAAGCCACAAGUAUUGAAUCUAGAUCUUUGUGCUCGUUAGUGUGUAAAUGGAACUUUAGUGCUGGACCAAUGGGAAAGAAUCAUUGGAACACUGAUUAUUUCGAAAAAAUCGGCUUGUCUGAUUUAAUUAUUAGUAAUUUUGAAAAAAUAGGCCAAGAUGUUAAACCUCCUGGAUAUCCAGUGGGCAAUGGCCUCUCUUUAAAAGCUGCCCAGGAAUUGAAUCUGCUGGAGAACACUCCGGUUGGUACAUCAAUCAUUGAUGCGCAUGCCGGCGGUCUUGGGAUGCUGGGCUGCGCUGCACCAAAUAUUUCUUCUGAUUUUACAAGUCGAUUAGGUUUAAUUUGUGGGACAUCAACGUGUCUCAUGGCAGUUAGUAAAAAUGAAAUAUUUGUCGAUGGCGUGUGGGGACCAUAUUAUGCUGCUAUGGUACCGGAUUUAUGGUUAAAUGAGGGGGGACAGAGCACGACAGGUAAAUUGCUUGAUCACAUUAUAGAUACCCAUCCAGCUACAACGCAGAUACAAAAACAAUUGUCUUCUAAGAUGCACAUACAAAAUUAUUUAUCUUUGCUACUAAAAUCCAUUGCCAAAGAUAAAAAACUUGCAAACGUGGCGUAUUUAACUGAAGACCUCCACGUUUGGCCUGAUUUUCAUGGAAAUCGUUCUCCUCUAGCAGAUCCGACUUUACGUGGAAUGAUAAGUGGCCUAACUUUGUCUACUGAUGAACAGAGUUUAGCGAUUUUAUAUUUAGCUACCAUGCAAUCAUUAACUUAUGGUACAAAACACAUUUUAGAAUCUUUACUAGAAGCUGGUCAUAAAAUAGAAUCUCUAAUAGUGUGUGGUGGACUAAGCCAAAAUCCCUUAUUCAUUCAAACUCAAGCUGAUGUCCUCGGUUUACCUGUCCUUUGUCCUGUAGAAAGUGAAUCGGUUUUACUUGGUUCAGCAAUUUUGGGAGCUUGUGCAGCCAAAACAUUCCCAUCAGUUCACGAAGCUAUUAAAGCUAUGGGAGGAUCUGCUAAUGUUAUCAAACCUGUCACUGAAACUUAUUUAUUUCACUGCAAAAAAUACAAAGUAUUUAAAAAAAUGGUUCAAGACCAACAAAUGUACAAAAAAAUAAUGUCAAAUUCAUCGUAAAUGUCGUUUAUAAUUUUAUACGUUUUCUUAUAAUGAAGAAUUAUUCAUUGUUAAGUGGGUAGUAGAUAAAUAUACUUUUGAUAUAUUAGUGAAAAACGAUUUAUUUUGAUAAACAUAUACAAAAUAUACGUACAAGAAUAUACGU